AUGGGAAACGCAAAAGAGACAACUGGAAUCGAAGCUGCCGGUGGACGUACAGUUGUUAAUGGCUCAGAAGCGCGAAUCAAUUCAAUGAUAGCUCAACUAGCAGAUACACAGCCACCUGGAGAAGUAGAGAAGCUGAAAUCCGACAAUAAAGAGCUUCAACGAAGAGUAGAAGAACUUGAAGUAAGGAAAAUUACCUGAUU